CGUGCUUUGGGCGUCCAUUUACUUUUUUGAACCUUGGGCCCGCCCGUACGUAUAGGCUAUAGCUGUCGAUGCCGCUCCCGAGGGCACCUAGCCUGCGGCGAGUGGCAAAGAGCGAUGGCUCGCUUUCCAUAACAAACGAUAUGCCGUCUUCACCGGACUACCUUGAAGCGCUGUGUGGCUCCUUAUCGAAUCCUGAUAUUCUUGGUGGUCAACUUUCAUAUGAUGAUAUGUUCACUUGUGCGGAGUGUGUGAAGCGGACCCGUGUCUUUCCUAUUCUCAUCGCAACCAUCUUCUACCACCUGCGAUGCUGCGUCGAUGAUCAAGGCCUCUUCCAGGAGUUCUUGGAUAAGACAUAUCUAUGGAGGUCUCUAUCCGACCUGGAGCUCCUCACUAAGAGCUCGGAAGUACGCGACGAGAUUCACUCUCUUUUCACGAAGUCUAAACUCGUUUAUCCUAAUUGUGGAUGCUCUAUCUCUGUUUCUCGAGAUGUGGAAGAAAACACCUGCCAGUUGGAUUUCACUGUCACGGCGGAUGCUUUGACUUCGAUUUUUGGCUCUCGGACUGUCAGACGCGAGCUGCUGGCUCUAAGGGGCUCAGCCGCUCAAGCUACGAUCGAUGGGCUACAUAGCUUACUUCCCUCGUCAAGCUCCGAUUCAUUGGCAAUGAAGCAAAGUCGGUACGGGGCGGAAGUUCAGCGCCUGUUGUACAAGCUAUGUCGCAACACCGGACUCCAUCCUCGCGCGCUUGAACUGCGUGACGUUGAUGUAAAUCGGGACGCCAUUGUCGGCAGUGGUGGGUUCAGUGACGUUUACAAGGGCCGCUUUCGUGGCACGGACGUUGCUGUUAAGCGCGUGAGGAUGGUACAAAAUAGCAUAGAUCGCACUAUGCAGGAGUUCGCGUCGGAAUUGAUCUUUUGGUCUCAGCUUCGGCACCCGAACUUACUAGGACCCCACGGUGUUUUUCAUAUAGACAGAGGACCAUGUCUUGUCUCUCCUUGGAUGGAGAACGGGAACAUAAGGAACUACUGUAAAAUGCACCCUGAUGCAACAGUUGACCCGCUGAUGCUAGAUAUCGCACAAGGGUUGGAAUCUUUGCAUACCCAAGAACCAGUCAUCAUCCAUGGCGACUUGAAGCCUGACAACGUUCUUGUCAACUCGUCUGGAAGAGCUGUCAUUUCCGACUUUGGCUUGUCAAAGAUCGGUGGGUCUAGUCUCAUUGAACCCACGACACAGUCGUAUACGCAGUCAAUGGCUCGCGGAGGGACGUACCGCUAUCAGUCUCCAGAACUCUUGAAGGGUGAGACCGGUGUCACUAUCAGUAGCGACGUUUACGCUCUUGGGUGUAUUUUCUAUGAACUAUACAGCAAUCGUGUCCCAUACGAGGGGCGUCAUGAGGCAGCGACAAUCUGCGCCAUAUCCAGGGGCGAGCGCCUCGAGCGCCCACCUGAAAUGGGUGAUGCCAUGUGGAGCCUAACCAGCGCAUGCCUCUCUUAUGAGCCGGCGGAUCGACCUUCGGUCAGUGAGGUGGUCGAGAUUCUCACCUCUAUGGUAGAGGAUAAAAGACCGCCACCGUCUACGGAUCAGAACGACUGGGUUGUGCCGUAUGAGCAUGAGCAACCCAAGCAGCAUGGCGGAGGCAUGUGCUCACCACAUGAGGUCUGGAAAGCCGAUACCAAGUCCUGCUCGGAACAUUGUGUAUCAGCGACGAAGAAGUCGCCAGUGGCAAUCCGUUUCGAAAUCUUCCGGGAUGGUUCUUCAUCCAUGCGUCAUGCAACCGUCCCUUGUCAAGCCCAUGUCUGGUAA